AUGAGGGAUGCUUCUUCUGCUGUCGCUAGCACAGUUUCGACUGCUACUGAGCCUAUUCGAAAAACUGAGGCUUACAAGGUGCUCGCAGAUACCGUCCUCGAAGCUCUCGAUGACAGUGGAAGUGCUAAACACGCUGGAUACGAAGAGAAGGAAGCUAGAAGACUGAGAAGACAAAAGCGACUAGCAAAACUUGGCAAGUCUGCCAUAGGCAAGGCGCGAGUCACCGAAAACCCAGAGGCUGGUCAAGCUAUGGUUCUGCACAAGGAUGCAGAGAAGCGAGAAAAAUGGGAUAACCUCAAAGAGACCAACCCAGUAUUGCGUAGUUUGGUUGGGCUUAAGAAGGCAUAUGAGGAAUCAGAAAACCCUGUUGUCUCCUCUCUUCGUGGUGUCACCGACUCGGUCUCUUCAUUCCUCUUUGAUGAGACAGAGCAAGCGCAGGUCGUUCGAAUGUUCAAGGCCAUGGAUCCCACCUUCAAUAUAGAAGCGUUCCAGAGGGACUUGCGAGAGUAUAUCAUUCCCGAGGUUGUAGACGCGUACCUCAGUGCCGACAAGGAGUCUCUACAAACAUGGUGUGGUGAAGCGACCUACCUACGACAAGGUUUGAUCAGUGACAGCAAAGUACUGGAUAUCCGACAAGUCGACGUGACUGGCGGUAAAGUAUUGGAGAAUGAGAUUCCAGUUCUUAUCGUCACCUGUACGACUCAGGAGGUUCUUCUCUUCCGUGACCCAAAGACGGGUGAGAUCGUGGUUGGUCAAGAAGAUAGAGUAGAGCAGUGUACAUAUGGAGCUGUGAUUACUCGGAUACCGGAAGAGAUGGAUAACGAGCUCACAGGAGGAUGGAAGGUUGUUGAGAUGGCUCGACGAGCCGCCAGGGCUUACUUAUAG